UAGAGGGCAAUGGAUGAGACUCGUCAGUCGGCAUUCGAUCGUGCUGUGAACACGAUGCGAAUGAUCCGAUCAUAUCUUCGUUCAUUCGCAUGAGAGAAGAGUUUUCACAUCGUACCGUUACUAACACAUAUGAAGAAAUAUUCUACCAACAAUUAUUUUGGAAAAUCAUAAUUGUUCGAAUUAUCAAAGAGAAAUAUACAAAUGUCAGAGACUCGUAGAUCGGUUGCCCGAGUUCGUCAACUCUCGUUACAAUCGCCUACACCACGACGAUGGCAACUAAGACGACAAAAAACGUCGGACGAUGAGAAAUCACCGAAGAUUCAUGGCGAUCCUAUUGGAUCUGGAAAAAAUCGCGUUAAUUCGAGAUCAGGAUCUUUAAGACCGAAGGUACGUAUAGCUUGGGGCGAACGACAUCGCGAGAAUGACAGCAUCGACCAUGUCGAAGUCGUUGCACGACAAAUUACCGGUAAGUCGAAGUUAGCCUUGAAAAAAUGUCAGAACAGGAAUAUGAUUGUAAAUGAAGAGAAGUCAUCAAUACUUUACUCGAGGCAAGAGUUAACGGAAAGACUAAGACUUGCCUGGAAACAUCGCGAAGAAAAUAAAGCCAAUAUCGAUAUAUUUUUGGCGCAUGGUGUCGUCGAAGAACGAUGCGAUUCUGAAUCAUCGAAUUAUACUACUAUUUCGGAACCACAGACACCUAUCUCCAAAAGCAAAAUUCUUCAAUCGACGAAAGAUAGACAGCUUAUUCCCGAUCGCAAUAAUUCGGAUAUUUCUCGUAACGAUAAUUCAUAUGAAAUUCAAAUAACGAAGCGUACAGAUUCUCUUGAAAGUAGAACGGAUUUGAACAAGGACAUCAAAGAAACAAAAAGACCAAAAAAAACGAAAGUGAUCGAGGACAACUUUAAAGUUGUUGAAACUUCUUCGGUGAAGCUUCAAAAUGAUGUUUGUUAUUCAGGACCGAUCGAGAGGAUAAAGUAUGUAGAAAACAACACUAACAAGACACUAGAAGGAACAAUCGAGGUUUCAGCGGAUCAAUUCGUUGAAAAUGAAAAAGAAGUGUGCAUCGAGAAAGACGAUAAAAUAAAAUUACCAACAUUAAAAUCCGAAACUACCACAUUAAACAAUUUAAAAACACAAAACGAAGUAUCGUCGGCGAAACAAAAACGUGCCAAUUUUCAAAGCGGUACGAAUAGAGCAUUUCUAUACACGGAAACAGAUAAAACUGCUGUCUCGAGAAUAUCGAACGAUACCGAUAUUCCAUCGAGAUUAAGUUCGAUCGAAAGAAGCUCUUCGUGUAAAAGAACAAUGGAAAUCAAACAGAACGAAGCUAAGAGUGGGCCACAAAAUGCGAUAAAAAGUAUAAACGAUCAAAGGCCUAAUCGAAAGUCAAGAAGUAGCUCUGCACCGUUACAAGGCCGAAGUUCAUCUCGUAUUCAAGUAAAUAUCGUCCUAGAUACGACCUGUGAUUCUGGAAAAGUUCAAAAAGGUUCAAACGAAAUUAGUGAUAAAGGAAAAAUUAAUGAGGAAGACGUUGUUACCGACAAAAAAAAAGAAAUUCUAUCGAAGCCGUCCUAUGCACGACCAAUAAGAUCAGCUCCGAUAAAAAAACGUUUAAAAAAUAUAAAGAAACGUCAACACAGCGUAGGAUCCGCUUGCAAAGACGAACAAUGUAAUGGUUCACGAGGUCGAUGUAGAAUAUCUACGAAAGAUUGCGAUGGGAAAUCAAACGAUAUCAUUACUAUGGUUUCUUUAAUCAGUUCGACCGAAAGCGACAGUGAUCUCGAAAAUUCACCAAACGAGGCUAAAUUGAUCAGUCAGUUACGAGAAAAAUUAACUACAGCGCCGAUCAUAAAAACUUCGACAACGCCGAUCCCAGGAAAUAUCAGGAAACCUGUGAAAUCAGUUUCUUUUCAAAGAGAUUCCUUCGACGAGGAUACCACUUUGGAAAAAGCACAGUUUGGUUGUGUAAAAACAAAAAAUAGCCUCUCUCAAAAUCGUUUCAUCGUGAUAAAAGAUUCCGAAAACCUUGAAGAAUACGGAACGAGCAAGGAAUCGAUUCUUUGGAAACCGAACGAAAUCAAAACGGCUUUACCGAUGCUAUCGUUUGUCCAAGAUGAAAGCGAAUCUUUAUGCGUUCCUUUGAUGGAGCAUGACAUGCGAAGUCUAGCCGUACCAAUCGGAAAUAUGGAUGAUAUGAAAAAGAAGCCACAUAGAAUACGCAAUACUUCAACCUUAGCUGUUCUUGAUAAAAAAACAACGAUGGUAGAGAUCAAAAAGGAUAAUGAAGCAAUAGCAACGGACGAUCAGUCAGUCGCGCGUCGAACAAUGAUGGCUGCAAAAUUUUUACUUCCAAAAGUCAAUCCGAAUACGGAGAUUUCUUUGAAAGAAAAGAACACAGACGCAAUACCGAUAGAAAUGGAGCCUCAACUUCAAACACGCAAAGAGAAGGAUUGCUGGCAUCUCUACAAACGAAUGUGUGACAAAGGAGUCAACGUUUCUUUCGACACAGUUUUAAGAGGAAUGCUCACACCCACGGAAUAUCGAUUACGACAGAAAGAAUAUUCGCAGAAUUUUUAAAAACGUUGUCCACCGCUUGUUAGCAUUUGUUAUUUCCAUCUGUGAAUAUUUUUUUAGCGCGUUAGUAUCGUAAUUAUUAUUGUGUAUCGAUUAUCUCGUUAUAUAAGGAGAAGACGAAAACUUAUCUCUAUCAUAAAAAUUUAUAGCAAAUGAUACAUUUGUUGUGUAAUUGUUAGAAUCUUUGUGUGUAUAAAGGAAAAAAUAUAAAAAAAAAGCUAUCGCUAAUGUCAUUAUUAGAAAAUAAUAUAUAAAUUUAAAAAUAAAUAAUACGGAAAUAA